GAGAGAGAGAGCAAAGACAUAAGUGAGAUAUCACACCGUGCUGGUGACAACAAAAUAGAAACAGAGAUUCUAACAUCACCAGUAUCUUUACUGGAAAUUGUGUAGCCUGUGGAUGUCACUGUAUACUGCAGACUGACUACGAAAACAUGAAAACUGAGAGGGUGGACUUUAAUUUGCCUUGCAACUCUACACUUACAUGGCUCGCAGUGACAGCAAACUACACGUUUUGGAUAAGAGGAGCGCACAGAGUUUGACACCUGGACAGCCGCAAAAAGUCAGCCAGCAUGUCAUCCAACUCCACGGCCGAUAAUCUGUGUGCACCGGAUGACCACCUCUGCAUUGUAUUGGUGCAUAUGCAGGCGGUGAUCAUCGUCCCUACGCUGCUCCUCCUGGGAACCCUGAUCACCUUACUGGCCCUGUGCUUACUGAAGUACUAUGGACCCAAACAGAAGUGGACACAGAUCACAGCCCCUAAACCCCACCACAGCUCAUCGAACAGACCCAAUCAAAGGCACAGCCACAGACAUCACCUACAGGGCGUUGAUGCCCCCCCAGGGAUAAACCCACUGGAACAUGAAGAGUUGCCAAUGUCAGUUAAACAAGUGCAGCAGAUUGUCAGGCCAACUCUGGCUGCAGUACCUCAGAUGUCCACAGAGAGGCAUCAUGGAGCCUUCAACCAGGUCACUGCCCUGCCAGUGUCCUUCUCCAUCAGGCCUAAUGACACAGUCAGCCUAUACAGAGCCAGCAUGGACAACAGAGAUGUCAUCCUGAGGGUUCUGAAAGAGACCGCAAACAGCAGUGAGAAGCAGCACUUUUUGGGUUUUGCUUCCUUCGUGUCAGGACUGGGGCGGCACUCCUCCCUACCUGAGCUGCUGGGGGUGGUUUCAGUGCAGCCGCCCCUCAUGAUGGUCGUCGAGGAGCUGCAGCACAGGGAUCUGCUGGGGUACCUGUGGAGAUGUCGACAGGAUAACUUGGGUUUAGAGUCUUCAUGUGAAAUGACAGAGAAGAGGAUCUUCACCAUGGCAGGACAAGUGGCCUCUGCUCUGGAGUACCUACACAGUCAGCGCUGCAUCCAUGGCAACGUGGGAGCACACAGCGUUCUGGUUGGUGGAGAUCUGACAGCGAAGCUGUGGGGAUUGGGCCCCGCCUACCGCAGGAGAACACAGGCCGUUACACCGGGGCAGGACAUGGAGAUGAGGAAGUGGCAGGCCCCAGAAGUGCUAAGCAGAAGAGCCGUCAGUCAGAGCAGUGAUGUAUGGUCCUUUGGUUUACUUCUCUAUGAAAUGGUCACACUAGGUGACCCACCAUUUGCCCAGAUUGUGGCGAAUGAACUUCUGCAGUAUCUACAAAGAGGAAAGCAUCUCAAACGACCGCCCACCUGCUCCAACUCACUGUACUCCAUCAUCAAAGCCUGCAACAAUUGGCGCCCCGAACAACGUCUGUCAAUGUCGGAGCUCAUUAGAACACUUCAGGCUGGAGAGAAUUCAGCCAAUGGGCGCACAGUUCUCAGAGUGCCGGAACCACUGGACAUCGAGAAGUACCUGAGGGAGGCGGGAUAUGAAGAGGCAUACAACUAUGCUGUGCUCUAAUUUGCUGAGAGCGUCAUCAGUCUGGACUACUGUUACUACGUACGUGCAUCUCAUGCAUAGACUGUAUAUAAGAAUGUCGCUUAAAUUGCCUCCUCGACACCCCCACUUGCCUACCUUCCUCGCGUCCCUUCCUCUAAGAUGCUGACGAAAUUAUGCCAGGAAAGGAACCGGGCAAAUAAAUUAAUUUAAAUGUAUUUAAAUAAUUAAAUAGAUGAGACGUCCUUUCCCCUGAAGAGUCACAUGAAUACGUCAGCUGUUGGGGCGGAGUUAGCAACUCUUUCAAUUGCACGGCUUCCGGGAAGGCUGCUCUCGUGUAUCCUCGCCCAUAGCUCCUCUAAAAUCCAUCCUCGAUGCUAUUCAUGGGCAUCGGGAAAACAUUUUUCCCAGUGAAAGCGUCAUCGUUCACAUCACUUCAUGUGGGAAUCAGGGGUGGGAAACUGGGGCUAGAUUUUGCUAAUCCCAGUUGGUGUCGCGUUGUUGACAACUGACGUACAGAAACAUGGCCGACGAUCGUUUGCCGACAGUUGGUGGCGGUCAUGCAACAAG